CAUUCGAAUUCCAGACAAGUAGAGGAGUUUCUUCCAUUUCGCUUAUAUAGACUGUUAUCUAAUGGCGGCGGCGAGAGGAGCUCUGCUCAAGUACCUGAGGGUGAACGUCAGUUCUCUGCGCCCAAAUCCUAGCCCUAACAGCAAUGGCCUGUUCGAGCUCACAUUCAAUGGGAUUCGGCGUCGCUUCUCGGAGGAGGUCAGGGGAUCUUUCCUCGACAAAUCCGAGGUCACUGAUCGCGUUAUCUCCGUCGUCAAGAACUUCCAGAAAGUCGAUCCCUCAAAGGUCACACCCAAUGCCCAUUUCCAAAAUGAUCUUGGGUUAGAUAGUUUGGAUGCAGUGGAGAUCGUCAUGGCGCUUGAAGAAGAAUUUGGAUUUGAGAUCCCAGAUAAUGAAGCAGACAAGAUCAAUUCCAUCAAUCUUGCUGUCGACUUCAUUGCUUCUCACCCCCAAGCGAAGUAAACAUCCAUAUCCAGUCUCUUCAUUUUCAUUAUGUGAGGACACUUCAGCUACAUUGGUAGAAUUUUCAAAUCAUCCUGCCAUAAGAAAAAUGUUUCUAGUGCCUUUUGUUUUUGAGUUCCUAUUUCCUAACUCGCGAUUGAAGAGGAUUAUUUAUUUUGGACAUUCGCUGCUUUGUUGCAGCUGCCUUGAGUUCAUACAGUGCAAUGGUCGCAUGAAAAACUCCUUUGGUUCUUUUAUUGCUUUCAAGAUAUUUGAUGGGU